AUGGGUUCCAGGAUGCGAAGUUUGUCCGUGCCGCUGCUUCUCCUUGCGCUUUUCGUAGCGUCAGCCUCCGUCGCGCCUGCGUCUGGAAGGACCUUGUCUCCUCGUCGCAUCCUAGGCCUUUCGCUUCUCAGCUUCCCCAAGUCCUCGACCACUGCUCUACUAGCCACUCCCGGAGGCACUGGCGGAGACACUGGCGGCGAUACCGGCAGUGGCGGCGACAUUGGGGGAGGCGGCGAUGCGGGGGGAGGCGGAGAACCUGGCGGUCCUGGCGGAGACGUCGGCGGCGAGCAGGGCGGUCCUAAGGGUCCCCCUGGUGGCGACAAUGGGGAUACCGCCAGUGGCGGAGAUACCGGCAGUGGCGGCGACGUUGGGGGAGGCGAGGGUGGCCCGCCACUGAUCGGCGCUGGCGGAAAGGGCGGGAAGGGCGGAAAGGGAGGGAAGGGUGGGAAGGGCGGAAAAGGCGGAAAGGGAGGGAAAGGGGGCAAGGGGGGAAAGGGGGGGAAACCUGGUAACCAGCAGGGGGGACCUGGCGGAGAUCAGAGGGGUUCUGACGGAGAGCAAGGGGGGGCUGGUGGGGAGCAGGGGGGAUCCGGCGGGGAGCAGGGGGGAUCUGGUGGAGAGCAGGGCGGGGCUGGCGGGGAGCAGGGGGGAGCAGAGGGGCAGGAUCAGGGCCAGACCGCAGGCACAACGAGCACAGGGAAGGGUGGAAAGGCUGGAAAGGGUGGAAAGGGUGGGAAAGGAGGGAAGGGAGGCAAGGGUGGAAAGGGUGGCAAAGGUGGAAAGAAAUAA